AGGCCAAGUCAUCACAACUCGCCCAAAAAGCCAAAUCGCAGCUCACAGGAACCAGCUACCUACCUCCCUCUCCUCUCCCCGUUGACCAACAACUCCAGCCAGCGAGGCAGCCGCAAGCUCCCCGUCCUCCUCCUGCCCGCCAUGUCCGGCAGCGGCGGCAACACCCGCAAGAAGACGUGCUGCGGCAGCUGCUGCACCCUGCUCAUCUCCCUCGGCUUCGUCGUGCUCAUCUACUGGGCCAUCUUCCAGCCGCACCAGAUACGCGCCACCGUCGAGUACGCCGAGCUCUCCAACCUCGCCGUCUCCAACGCCUCCUCCCCGGCCGCGGUCAUCACCUACCACGUCGCCGUGAACCUGAGCCUCUACAACCCCAGCAAGCGCGUCAACAUCUACUACGACGCCAUCGGCGCCGAGCUCCUGUACCGCGGCGCCGUCCUCGGCCCGGCCGCCGCCGCCGCGUCCCCCGCCGAGUUCUACCAGCGCAGGAGGACCGCCCAGCCGGUGCGCCUGGAGUUCGACGGCAAGGGCGUCGCCGUCCCCGAGGGCGUCUCGGCGGAGCUGGAGGGCGAGGUGAAGGCCGCGGCGUCGCUGGGCCUGGAGCUGAGCGUCGGCGUGCGGGUGAGGUACGUGUUCGGGAGCUUCAAGAUACGGCAGAAGCCCAGGGUGUGGUGCGCGGUGAGCAUCCCGGUCCCGCGGGCGCCGGGCGGCCUCGGCGUUCUUGGCUCCGGCGACCGGUGCUGGGUCAAGUACUGACGAUUGGAGUCGAGUACCCUUCUAUUAUUGGUUGGAGAUUGCUACUGUUGGGGUUGGAGAUUAUAGUUUCUGCAUUUGUGUCUAUGUUAGAAAUUACUGCGCCAUUGGAUUAUUAGUUUACAUGAUGAGCAUGUAAUGUUUUGACAUGAUGUCUUGCAUUUGAUUGGAGGAGCAACCAUGUGAUCUGCAGUUCACUGAGCUUGUGAUAAUUUUUUUUAA